CGCAGUGGGCGCCUCUGAAGACUUGGUACAAGAGUCCAAAGAUUUUUGGAGCGCUGAUGUCAGCUCUCCCGCAGUUUCGCGAGUCGGCUUCAGCGGUGGCCAAUAUCAGCUUGCCGGCAUGUUGGGGGCUAAGAUGGGAAGAAGCAGCUGCAUCCUAUACCAUCUGAGGAAAGGUCUAUAUUCGCCUCUGGCUAGUGGCGUCGGCUCAUUUCUCGAUCCCCUGGGCUUCCCUCAACUUUUGCGACUUCCCUCUUGUUCUGGCAGUUUCAGAGGGCUGCAGCAGGGAAACUGCCCCCAUCCAGGUGCUGAUUCAGUGAAGCCACUUGAUGGUGUGAGAAUUCUUGAUUUAACAAGAGUACUUGCAGGACCUUUUGCCACCAUGAACCUUGGGGAUCUUGGAGCUGAAGUAAUCAAAGUGGAAAAACCAGGAUCGGGGGAUGAUACUCGAUCCUGGGGACCACCAUUUGUUGGAACUGAAAGUGUUUAUUUUCUCAGUGUAAAUAGAAAUAAAAAGAGUAUAGCUGUUAAUAUGAAGAAGGCCAAGGGAGCAAAGAUAAUUAAAGAGCUUGCAGCUGUCUGUGAUGUUCUUGUGGAAAACUAUGUCCCUGGAAAACUGGCUGGAAUGGGUCUGGGUUAUGAUGACAUCAACAAAGUUGCUCCUCGUAUUAUUUACUGCUCAAUAACAGGCUAUGGUCAGACUGGUCCAAAAUUUCAACAAGCAGGUUAUGACUCAAUUGCAGCUGCUGUUUCUGGACUCUUGCAUAUCACAGGGCCUCAGGAUGGUGAGCCUGUUAGGCCAGGAGUAGCUAUGACCGACCUUGCUACAGGAUUAUAUGCAUAUGGAGCAAUUAUGGCUGCACUUCUUCAACGACAUAAAACAGGGAAAGGAAUGCACUUGGAUUGCAAUCUGCUUUCAUCUCAGGUUGCCUGCCUUACUUAUAUAGCAAGCAAUUUUCUAAACUGCAGAACAGAAUCCAUACGAUGGGGCACUGCACAUGCAAGUAUUGUACCCUAUCAG